AUGCUCUCCGUGUGCUGCUACGUGGAUCGGCCCUCGGCGAAAAUCCGGCAACAGCCGUUAAAGGCAUUAUGCGCCUCGGAGGACUCGCCAAACUACCAGGUGAUUCUUGCAGCAGCUAAGAACCUGGGCGGCGACCUGUCUGACUGGCAGCGUGGCUGGUGCACUGAGGAGGUAGUCUCGAUGUUUCUUCGCGGUCGGCGUGGAGACGUUACUGCAGCUGCGCAGAUACUGGCACAAGCUCUGUUCUGGCGGGAGCAGUACAAGGAUGUUCUCACUGGCAGCCGUGUGCCAAAGUGGCAAGGCGAUCUUCGCGUUCUGGCUCAGGGCACGAUGGGACACCCUCUGCUGUAUUUGUGCUGUCGACAACAGACGCACAGCUUCAGCGUCCCUGACACAUUGGACCAUGUCGCCUGCGUCCUAGAAACUGCUGUGCGGAAGAUGCCGCCAGGCGUGCAGCAGGUUGAUGCCGUGGUUGACUGUCACGGCUUCUGUCUCUGGUACAACAUGGACCCAAGAAUUGUGAUUGGCAUCGCAGAAAUGCUCCGGCAGCCCUACCGCGAUCGCUUGCGAACCGUGAUGAUGGUGGAUGCGCCUUUGGGACUACAGCCCGUCUGGAAGGUCAUCUACCCGCUGCUGCCAGCAGCGACAAAAAAGAAGGUCCAAUUUCUCUCCGCAGAAAGCGCAACUUCCGCGGUUCAGGAGCUUUUCACAGUGUUCAAG